UUUCAGUACAAAACAACAAAAUGAAAUAUUUCAUCUAUAUUGCUGUUACAAUCGCUACCUUAUGUGUUAUAACCGAAGCAACUCCACAACGUUUUCAAAAGUUACCUUACUAUCCACCACCAACUAGACCACCACGUCCAAUACGUGUACGACGUGAUGCACUCAGUGGUUCAUUGGCCAGUAAUCCAAAUGGUGGUGCUGAUGCAAGACUUGAUUUAGGACAUGCUAUAGGUGAUCCAAAUCACAAUCUAAUUGGUAGUGUGUUUGCUGCUGGGAAUACGGUGAAAGGACCCGUGGCAACUGGUGGUACCUUGGCUUAUAAUAAUAAUGGUCUUGGUGCUUCAUUGACUAAGGAACACAUUCCUGGUGUACGUGAUUCAUUCACUCAAAGCGUCAAUGCUAACCUCUUCAAGAGUGGACCACACAGUGUUGACGCUAAUGCAUUCAAAUCUCAAAAUACCCUCGCCAAUGGAUUUAAAUUCGAACGCAAUGGUGGAGGUUUGUCUUAUGGACAUGCCAACGGUCAUGGUGCCAGUCUUACACAAAGUAGUAUUCCCAAUUUUGGUAAACAAUUAGAAUUGGCUGGCAAGGCGAACUUAUGGUCAUCACAAGAUCGUAACACCCGUUUAGAUUUGGGUGGAAGUGCUUCGAAGUGGACAAGUGGACCAUUCAGUAAUCAAAAAACGAACUUUGGUGGCAAUUUGGGCUUGACUCAUUACUUUGGCUAAAUUAUUAUUAUAUUGUAUUUAUAUUUAAAUUUAAUUUAUGAGUAUAGUUAAGUUUAUUUAUUUUCAAUAAAAAAUUAUAAUUAAAAUUGAAUAAAAUAUAUAGUUAAUAUUCUUCC